GACAUUGCAAAUGAAAAUGAAAUAAUAACAUUGCGGAAUAAAAACACAACAACAUUUCAUAACAAGAUGAAUACGGAAAGGAUUUAUAUGAAAGACUUCACUUACAUAGAGUUUGAACCAUUAUAUAGAAACUAUGUUAAGAAGCAUAAUCAAAUUAUUGGUGAUUUAUUAAAUCCAAAACAUAAGAACAAAAAACUUCCAAAAGUCGUAGUUGUGCAACCUGACAUGAGAACUGGAUAUGGAAAUCGUUUUGGUGGAAUAGUUUGUGGCUUUUUAUAUUCAAUCGUUUCUGAUAGGCUUUUUUUUAUGGAAGGUUAUAGAAAUUUUGAUGAUUUUUUUUUAUUGGAUUUCGAUCAUGAUUGGGAUGUUAUCAAAAAAUUUUAUUUCAAAAAUACUUCAAAAUAUUUACAUGACGUUCAUGAAGUAAAUGAUUUUAAACUUAUAACAAAUGGUAACUUUAAAGAUGUUGAAUCUUUUGAUAUUUUAUAUGUUCGUACUUGGGAUUACGCCUGUGCUCCUUUAAUGUCAAAUCCUAAUUACAAAGAUUGGAUUG